AUGGACAUGAAAAUCGGAGAUCCUGGGACCCGGUCACGCCGGCUGCAGGAAAAACACGCAAAAAUUCCUACGCUCGCCGACUAUCGAGCGAUGCAACGGAAGAACAAGCAGAACGGAGAUAUGAGAGAAAAAGAGUUUGCCCGACGAGACGAUUUGGAGGCAGUAGUGACAAUGUGGGCACGAGCUCUAGGAAUCCUCGCGUUGGUGAGUGCAACCAGAGGCAAUAGACGCAUAGAGUUGGAAAGCGAGACCACAACCCCGCCAUCAACACCGGACGACGCGUGGUGCGGAAGAAAAGACCCGAGGAGCUGA